AUGUUCGCACCCAAGAUGCUUGCUAUGCUUCUUGUAUGGAUGACUCUGUCCUGUCAUGCACUCCUCGUCCCUGCGCAGGUCAAGCGUGAAGCGAGCGAGCUGUACUCCCCAACCACGCUGCACGCACGCAACGAACUCGACGACCGUGCUGCGCUGACUGCACAUGAGCUCGAAGGCAUCAAGUACGCCGAGGAAGGGAACUUGGAGAUGUUCAACCAGUACGCGCGAGAGGUGGCUCUCAAGUCGGGGGAUCCGGAGCUGAUUGAAGCGGCGAACGGUCCAAGAUCCAUCGAGAAACGACGUGGACGUGGACGUGGUCGUGGUCGUGGUCGUGGUCGUGGUCGUGGACGUGGACGGGGAGGUUACACCCCGUGUACCAAAAACAAGCAGUGGCAUAUCAGCCCGCGAAGUGCCCUUGGGUGUUGGGAUAGGACAUAUCGUGCACCCCGAGGACGAAGAGAUCCCCACCAACAUGUCAUCAGCACCACUCGAUCCCUCCUGCUCCUAAUCAAUUCCGGACACAGGGCUGCAGCACAAGCGGGAGCGAAAACCCUGGUGAAGAAAGCGCAUGAGCUCGAUCAAGCCGCUAUGAAAGCGGAUGAAGUCGAGAAAGCCGCCGCUACUAAAGCGCGUCUCGCUCGGGAUGUCACCACAGUGACGGCACUCGAGCCCUACGCCGCCGCCGCCGUCGCCGUCGUGCCUAGGAGCCUAGGCACCAACGAUUUGGUGGAAGACGGCUUUCUUGGCAUCAACUGGCAUUUCCUCGACUCGAUUAGUGCAUUCAUCAGUAAGUGCAUCAUCACCACCCUUACGCGCAAUGCUCCGCGCCUUCUACGACUUCGACUGAUUGCGUGCCUAGCCGUCGUUGCUACCGUCAUCGUGGCCGUCACCGUCUGUGCCGAAGGCGUUUUGGAACCUCCGGCAUUCCUCCUUCGUAAGUCGUAUACUCCAGUCCAUCCCGAGCUCGCAGAGUGUCGUGUCGAGGAGGAGAACAGACGUAUUGACCUCCGUAAUCACAUUUAG